AAGUCGUCUGUUAAGGAGACUGGCUCCCGCGUCCGAAUCAGCCUUGCAUUCACAUCAAUCAUUCGAUGUUGCAAAUGUCGGGAUUCAUCCAUUCCCUCCGCCAUUACAUCCGAGAACCGAGCCAAGAGCGAAAAGGGUUCUACUUCCUGCGGGGCCUCUGCCUGUGCCUCGCUCACCCCCAUCACCAUUGGCGAACAGAAAAGACGGCUUCCCGCUUUAUUGCGGCCCGCAGUGAAAAGGCAGAGAACGCUAGACCCGACAACGUACAGGAACACUUUGGAUCGCGCGCUAUGCUUCCUACGGGAUGAGUUAGAGUCCCGAGCCGUCGCCUCUGACACAUUUCCCCCGGAGAUCUCUUCUUCGAAUAUACGGGCAGCUAUAGCUAGAUACGAGGAUGAAAUGUGUGUAGCUGCGAAGAGAUGUGUCUGUUGCUCAUGUGGGAGACUUGUCCCGAGUACUCAUAUCUACUAUGUGGAUAAUGGGGAUCCUUUACUGCUACCACUACGGGGGAGCCUUGAUACUUGCGGCCGACAAGAUAACACUUGGAAUCUCUGCUCGUUAUGCCAUUCCUCACUGAAUCGGGAUAUGAUACCUAAGUUCUCGGCAAAGAACAUGGUGAAUGUGACUCAAUGCCAGGACUAUCCCUUAGCCUUGGAGGGUCUGACCCUAACUGAAGAAUGCCUCAUUGCAAAAUGUCAUCCUCUUGGUCUCGUUCUGAAGCUGCGACCGGGCGGUCACUCCGCGCCAGUCAACUAUUACGCUCUCCGAGACCCUAGACCGCUGCUCGACAUUUUGCCGAGCCCGGAGCUAAUGCUCCACAGCCUAAUCAAGGUGUUCUGGUUGGGUGCUCGACCCCCUAAAGAUUCGGACCUUAGUCCAUUCCUUCUCGUGCGAAAGGCGAAAGUUCUGGCCGCCUUACAAUACCUUGUUUAA